AUGGUUGCUAGCGAGCUUUCCCAGGCCCCCGAUGGCCUCAUCGGGGGCUACAAGGGGGGUAGCUUACCCGUGCGCAUUCUCAUGAUUGUCUUUUCCUCCAUCGCGCUGUACAAUGCGAUCGAGUUGUUCAUAUUACUGUUUUUGACAUUUCAGCAUUACCGUGGUUUAUAUUUUUGGACACUUUUGCUUUCGGUUGUGCUGGGUGUGAUUCCGCAUACAAUUGGAUAUAUCUUGGAGUUCUUUUCGUUGGCGCCGUUGUGGUUGUGUUUGACCAUCUCUACCAUUGGGUUUUAUGUUAUGGUGCCGGGUCAGUCGGUGGUACUUUACUCCCGACUUCAUCUUGUGGUGCAGAGUCAUCGGAUCUUGCGGUUCGUGUUGUGGUUGAUCAUUAUUGACUCUGUGCUGCUGUUGGUUCCCACUACGGUGCUUACUUUUGCGACCGCUUACGUCGGUACGAUUCCUAUCAUCCGUGGCUAUAAUGUCAUGGAGCGCCUCCAGUUGGCCUGGUUCUGCGCUCAGGAAUUUGUCAUUUCGGGCAUUUACAUCUUCGAAACGGUCAAGCUACUCCGACUCAUGCCAGACAAGGACCACAGACGGACGAAAAUCAUGUACGAACUGCUGGCAAUCAACUUUGUGAUCAUCAUGCUGGAUGUGGCGCUGUUGGUCGUCGAGUAUAUUGGUUACUACUCGCUGCAGACAACACUGAAGCCCAUGGUCUACAGCAUCAAACUCAAGCUGGAGUUUGGUGUCCUUGGCAAGCUUGUCUCUCUGGUCCAGACACAUCGCUCACAACCUACUUCGUCGGAACACGAGGAGUAUCCGAAUUUUGUGGAUCCGACUCAAUUUACGACGGACGUGACACAUGCUGCCCCCGUGGAGUCGCGGAGGUCACGGAUCGGAGCGUGGAAUGCCAUCUCGAUGGAGAGUUUACCCUCGUCGGAACAGCGGAUUCGCCCUUCAACGCGGUCGAGGUUGUCUAGUGACGGCGGGGAUCCAUCUUGA